AUGAGGCAUGCUGUCAUUGAUAAGAGGGACGGGCAACCAGUUGUGAUAAAGCCAGUAAAAGAAGAUGGUUCCAUGCAGGAACACACAUGUGAGAUCCUGAAGAAAUUUGGAGAAAGAACAUUGAAGGCUCUGACGCUUGCUCUUUUCAGCCAGAAAUUUCCUAAGGCUGAUUUUGACACCAUGAUGAAAAUGACAACAGACAUUGUGGAGAUGCAAAAGGAAUGUUGUCAAGGAGACAUGCUGGAUUGUAUGCAUAACAGGGCAGAGUUUACAUCAUACGCAUGUUCCCACCAAGACGCCAUCUCAAGUAAAAUUCAAAACUGCUGUGAAAAGCCUGUGCUUGAAAGAAGCAAAUGUAUAUUUAUGUCAGAAAAUGAUGACAAACCCACAGGCUUGUCACCUCAAGUCAGACAGUUUAUAGAGGAUCAAGAUGUCUGCAAACACUUUGAAGAGAAAAAAGAUAUCUACUUGGCCGAGUAA